AUGGUUGCAUCUGAACGUAUCCAUAUUCCACUUUUUGCGCUCAAUAAUCCUUUAUAUAUGAAUAUUAAAGGAAAAGUUACAACUUUCGCCCUUAGAAAGAUAAAUGAGCAGCACCAAAAGGCAAACUGUGCAACAAAAUGGCCAAAGUUCCAACAAACAGCAGCACGGGCAACAUUAGACAAUAUGAUCAAUGCCCCGACAAUGGUUUUGCAAAAUCCAAAAGAAGUUUCUACAAGAGGAUGCCCUACUAUUGCUUCUCAACAUAAUUCAGAAAACUCAACCAGGAGAGAUCCUUCUGGGUUUGAGUUAGUGGAGUAUAAAGGACGACACUGUACUCUGUGUCGACAGCCUGGGCACAAUUCACGCACUUGCCCAAGUGAAAG